GUGGUUGAGUUCCAUGAGAAAUGGUCUCCUGUUUUUCUUUCAGGCUGCCCUCCUCCGAGCUGUGCUGAGGUUGCGGGGGCAAGGGCCAGCUGCAUGGGGAAGGCCUCUUCAUGGGCUGUGGUGCUGCAGUGGGCAGGAGCAUCACAAGAGGUGGGUGGGGAGCAGGUCACCCACCUCGAAGGAGAAACCACCAGGCACAGAGACUGAGAAAUUCCAAAUGGUCUAUCGUUUUGGUGCCAUAAGGUCCUUUGGGUAUGUGUCUCGGCUAAAGGUGGCACAGACUGCCCUGACAGUGGUGGCCUUGCCGCCAGGCUUCUACUGCUACUCCCAGGGUGUCUUGACUUUCAACUCCCUGUGCCUCAUGAGUGGGAUAGCCGGCUUUGCCCUGGCCAUGCUGUGUUGGAUGAGCUAUUUCUUCCAGAGACUGGUGGGCAUCCUGUAUGUGAACGAGUCUGGCACUGUGCUACGGGUGGCUCACCUGACCUUCUGGGGCUGGCGGCAGGAUACAUAUUGUCCCGUGGCGGAUGUGAUGCCCCUGACGGAAACCAAGGACCUGCCCCAGGAACUGUUCGUGCGUAUCAAACAGUACAGUGGGAAGAAGACCUUCUACCUCACCCUGCGCUAUGGACGGAUCCUGGACAGAGAGCGUUUCACACAGGUGUUUGGGAUGCUGGACAGGUGCAGAUGAACAACUGGCAGCUGGGCCUCUGGGUGGAUCUGGGCUACUGGAUCUCUUACAGGAAGGCCAAGGGUGUGGGCAAGGCUGAAGAAGGGGAUUGAGUUCCCGGAGAGUUUGCCCCUAGGAACUUGUCUUUAGGCACGAAGCAACUCAUGAGGCAGAAGCUGGUAACCAGGUUUAGGGAAAAGACUCUUCAUGCAAAUUCUUAACUGCACUUGUGUAUGACAGAUAACGCUGGAAGUUUCUGUUAAGAGCCAGUUCUUGGAGGAAGUUGUGCCAAGGUCACCCAGACUGUCUGCUGCUGGGAAAUCGGAAGACAGAACUGUGGGAGGGGAGCAUGGGAUUUGGAGUUAGAGGCUUGGGUUCUGUCAGUGAUCAGCUCCCUGUCCCGGGGCAGGUUAUUGAGUCUCACUGAACCUUGGUUUUCACAUCUGUAAAACGGAAAGUCCUGCCUAUCUCAUGGGAUGGGUGUGAGAAUAAACAAUAAAUGUCAAGUGUUUUGCAGGCUCAGCAGCCCAGAGCAAGUUUGAAGCAUUUGGUCAGAGGCUAUGGUAUGGUAAAAGGUUUCCAGGCAGUCCAUAGGGAUUUCCAGAGCCCUGUGCUGUGCCCCCUCCUAUACCCAGCUGCAGAAGGGACGGGGAUGAAGCCGAGAGUGGGGGCCAUUUCAUCCCACCGGGAUGGUAACUGCACGCAGACACAGGCAGGAAUGUUAUCCAAGUGAGCACGACACCCAGCUGAGAUUUUGUUCACCACCCAGAGUCUAGGGGCUCUCAGUUUGGAAGGCUUUGCAGUGUAGUCAAGCCAGAUCAGGAGGCUGAGGCCUGAAGAUCGCUUGAGUUCAGGAGUUCCA